GCCGGCGCGCCGUGCGUCGACGGCGCGGCCGCGGGCUUCGCCUGCGACGGCGUCGACCUCGUCGCGUUCACGGGCACGUCGAGCAUCGCCUACGCCGAGUUCACCAACGAUCUCUGGGGCUGGACGAGCCCCGCGGGCGUCGAGUACGCCCUCGUCGGCGCGUCGCACGGCCUCGCGAUCUUCGAGCUCGGCCGCCAGUCGGCGGUCGCGACGGUCACGUACGGCGGCCGGAGCUACUGGCGCGACGUGAAAGUAUAUAACGGCCACGCGUUCGUCGUCUCCGAGGCGACGGCGCACGGCCUGGCCGUCUUCGACCUCUCGCGGCUCGAGACCGAACAGGGCGACCUCCGGCCGGACGUCAUCUACGGCGACUUCGCGGCGCACAACGUCGCCGUCAACGAGGAGUCGGCGACGGCCUACGUCGUCGGCGGCGGGCCCUGCGCCUACGGCGCGCUCGCCGUCGACGUCCGCGACCCGAAGAGCCCGGAGGCGCUCGGCUGCGUCUUCAACGGCUACGUCCACGACGCGCAGUGCGUCGUCUACCGCGGCGGCGACGACGACUACUACGGCCGCGAGAUCUGCUUCUUCUUCACGGGCGCGGAGAUCCGCGUCGUCGACGUCACGAACGUCAAUCGGCCGACGGGCGUGUCGUCGCUGGUCUACGACGGCGUCGCGUUCGCGCACCAGGGCUGGCUCGACUGCGCGCAGGCCCUGCUCGUCGUCGACGACGAGCUCGACGAGUUUGACGACGAGCGCACGCGGACCUACUUCGUCGACGUGUCCGACCUCGACGCGCCCGUCUUCGUGAAGACGCACUACGGCGCGACGACGGCCAUCGACCACAACCAGUACGUCUGCGGGGCGUUCUCCUACCAGGCCAACUACGCCGCGGGCCUGCGCAUCCUCGACGUCUCCCGGGACGAGAUUUCCGAGGUCGCGUCCUUCGACACGCACCGCGACGGCGACGGCACGACGUGGACGGGCGCGUGGGGCGCGUACCCGUUCUUCGCGAGCGGCCGCGUCGCCGUCAACGACAUCGACGACGGCGUCGCCGUCGUCCAG